AUGUCGAAGCCAGAGGCAGAGACACACCCUGAUCAGCUUGUCAACAACAACAACAACCCAUGCCUUGAUCUCUUUUACAACGUCGGGGAAGAAGACGUUCACGACCCGGCCCAGAUGGAGGCCUCGUGUAAUUAUGUGAAGCAAGUGCUACCUCUGGCCUGGUCCCACAAUCCCCUAACCGCCCUCAAGCUCGUCUGCAACCUACUGGAUGGAAAGUUCAAUCUCUCUGCCUUCUACACGGCUGCGUUUUGGCUCCACCACAACCACCCCAAGACACUAUUGUGCAACCUGGCGUCUAUUGUCCGGCCCUUCCGGGCUUUUUCCAACUCAAUGAACAUUGUGUACCACAUCCUUCGAGAAGGCCAAGACAUUUACAAGACUACUCGCCGUCGGGGCUACAACCGUUAUCAAUUGUUGCACAAGGCUGUUAAGCGGUACAAGCAUGACCGCGAUUAUCAAUUGUUGCACGACCAGGUUUCGGAUAUUUUGGCCGAGAUGUUCAAGUCUGAUAUGGAGAAAUUGAAAUUCAAGGAGGCGGCGGAGGAGCAGAACAAAAACAACAAAUUGAAGCAAUUAUCUGAAUCUGAUAAUGACGACAGAAUAACCAUGGCCGCAUGCGAUAUACAUUCUGCCGUGUCAACAUUCGCGGAUUACAACCCCGACUACAGCAUCACUUCGCUGCUUGAAAACAUUGCCAGGAAGUUUUUCCCGCCAGAAGAAUAUCACAAAUUAGAAUUAGGUGGAGGUCAUGGUAAAGGAAAACGGGCCAAGGCCAAAGAUGCCGACAGAGUCAUGGUCAAGCGGCUCAAGGAUGAGGUUUUGCCCUCCUUGAAGAAGGCCUACUUUGCCCAGGAUUAUCCGCCAGACGAGGCCAGUGCUGUUGAGACCUAUUUGGAGAAGGUGAAAGCCAGCUGCUGCUGCAGUGGCAGUGCUGGCAAGAUUUCGUCCUCCUCGUCCUUGUUGGCGGAUGCUCUGCUUCCGCAUGAGAUCACAGGCUACGUGCACCAUUGGAAUUUAGGCCGCGCUGCUGAGCUCCAGUGA